UAGUGCGGGCACAUACACAACGACACGUGAUCAGCCGCAACAUUACACGCACACCGUUGCACUCCGUUUGUAAAUGACAGAGGAUGAUUGUUAAAGAUUUAAUCAGCAGGGCUGCACCAGAUUUUGGGAAGUGUCGUCUUUUUUUUUUUGUUUGUACUACUUUGUCACGGCUGUUAUCGGAUCUGCAGGCAGGUGAUCCUUGACAGUAAACACGCAGCGACGCGCACUGGCGCUUCGGAGGCACCAAGUUUCUGAGCCGGAUCAUGAGAGACCGACCUGGUCAAUAAAAAAGAGAAAGAAAGAAAGAACAGCUGAGCAGCGAGUAUAUCGUGAUGGUAAGAGGUAAAGAAACUAAAUAAAUAAAAUCAAAACAGAAAGUGGUGCGUUCACGGCUGUUCGGGGAAGGAAGCGAAUUUCAGUCCGGGAAUUACAGAAGAGGUGGAGGAGUGAGUGAGUGAGUGAGUGAGUGAGUGAGCGAGUGAGGGAGGAAGGGAGGGAGAAAGAGAGAGACCUGGAACUAAAGCGGAGCACAAACCUGAGAUCAGUGGCAUUUCAUUUCUCUUCAGUCCGCAUGUAGAGAGCGAGCCGCGCUGCUGGAUGUUCACACUUUAUUCAUCCUCUUUCCACGAACACGCCGAGCAGGUAAAUAAUUCCAGCAGUGGCCAUGGAGUGCCUCAAAAACUGCUGCAAGAACUUCAUGAAGAAGCAGGAGCCGGAGACCCAAGUGAUCAAGGUGAAGAUGCCUCCUCACAAGGCAGUGGGCUCUGGACAUAAGCCGGGUGAAGGAGGAACAGGUGCCACGGACGAUUACCUCCUCUCUAAGAUGCCCCCGGAUGGCAGAGACGUGCCGUUCGUCCUGCCGACCUUCAAGCCCACCUACAUCCAGCCCAAAGGUCCACAGUACUCCAACAGUCCAGCCGGGUCGAUAUAUGCAGAGAGGAAGGCGGCGCUGCAGGCCUCCAGCCGGUUCGUCUACAGCCCAGAGUCCAGCUUCCACCAGGGCCAGUUGGCAGCGUACGUCUCCCCCGGCUCCAGCCGCAGAGACACGCUGAAGAACAGAAACUCCCGCCGUCAAAGCCCAGGUGUAACUCUGAAUCCCGGCGGGCAGCAGCGACUGAGCAGCUCCAUGUUUGAUCUGUCCAGCGCUCCGGGUCACACGCAGCAGCGGCUCGACUCCACGUCCAGCAACCGGAGCAGCUUGUCCUCCAUGAUUGGCUCCAUGGAAAGCAGCCUAGAGUCCAUUGCUUUGUCCGGGGACGAGCGGGAAAUGGGGAAGGUGUGCGUCCGGCUGAGGUAUGAGGAGCCUCUGGAGCAGGUGUGGAUCACCCUGGUUCAGUGUUCAGACCUCAGCCUUCAUCUGGAUACGAUGGAACAACAAAGGAUCAGCUUUAAAGCCAUCAUCACCACCCCCAAACCCACCCACUUCAAGACCAUGACUAAGGACUACAGUGAGGACGUGUCCCUCAUGGAGACCUUCGUGUUCGUGCUGCGCCUCCAUCAGUUGCGCUGCAGUUCCUUGGUGCUCCGGCUGCAGACGCACAACCCCAGGAAGCGCACGGUGGCGGAGUGCGUCCUCUCCCUGCGUCAGCUCGGCCCUCAGGAGACGGAGCACUGGCUCGAGCUCAACCCCCCGUCCAAGUCCUCUGUGAGCCACUCCGAGCUCCAACUCGCCACCUGCUUUCAGCCGGUCAACGGCCGCAUCCAGCUCCAGGUCCUCGCCGCCCAAAACCUCCCAGCGUCCUCCUCACCGCUCACCCAAGCAUUUUUCGUCAAAGUGGAGAUGCACCAGUUGGGGCAGGUGGUGAUGAAGAAGAAGACCAAAGCGGUGAAGGCCUCGGCGGGGCAGUGUAGGUGGACGGAGACGUUCCACCUCCUCCUGUCCUCCUUAAAUCACGCCUGCUCGCUGACGGUCAAGCUGUACAGCCGCAGCUCGGUGCGGAGGAAACAGUGUCUCGGCCAGGUUCACCUGGGACUCGACAGUCCCGUCCCGCAGGCCGUGGAGCAGUGGAAGGACUUGAUGGCUCACCCUGAGAAAGUGGUGUCGGCGUGGUACAGGUUGAGCUCAUCCUAAACCUCUCCCCUCGACUUCUUCUUCUUCUUUUUCUCCGCGGACUACGGACUCUAGUCGUGCAGGUCCAGCUGCACCUGCCGCUUACUUUACCAGUCGGGGCUGAUGGAGCAGACUGUAAACCGCUGAACGUGAAGUGGACGCUCGGGGGCUGAUUACCACAGCUGAUUAACAUGGAGACAGAUCAGGUGUUAGCGUGAGCGGCUGUAAAUAGGGGUUUCAAACAAAGCCUGUGUACUGGCAAGUAAACUAACAACAAAAAAAAAAAAAAAAACAGUAGAGCUAAUACGACUGCAGAGCUUCUAGCUGUAAAUAAAGCUGCAUGAUGUAAGUUUAUUAGUAUUUUUUUAGUGAACAAUGUGGAUAGAAAGUUUACAAGUGACCGUAAAGCUAAAUGAUAAAUUUUAUGAUAAACUUUGUAUUAUUAGCCUGUAAAUAAGAUUCAUCAUAAAGGAUGAAGCUGGGGGGGGAUAUUCUGUAUGUUUCCUUUUGACGACAAACCCACGUCAGCGAUUUUUCAUGAUUUUUUAGCUAAAUUUAAUGUUAAUCUUUAAACACAGAUCAAAAAGAACUUCGGGUUUUUAAUUAAUCAUUAUAUAAACGGGGGUAAAUUGUUUUAAAAAGGUCCCCUACAAUACAGCAAAGCAUUUACAGCAAAAUGGAUCUGUUGUGACCUGAAGAUUGGUUUUGAAGCCCAACGCUGUGCCUCCGGUGGUGGCCAUCUUGGUAGCGCCCAAAUCCUCCUAAUUCCUGGCUAAUUCAAAAAGUGGAGUAGUUGGAGCGUGACUCAGACUGGGUGGAUGGGUGACGUCUAGGGAAAUACCUGGGAUGCUCGAAUGACACCUACCGCUGACAGCAACCACGCCCUUAUAUGUAUGUGUAUAUAUAUAUAUAUUUAAACUUUUAUAUAAUUUAAACAGAUAAAAAAUUAAGAAAAUAAAAAACUGCUUUGUACAGUUGUCAUACAAGAGGAACAGGACUGUUUUUGUACCAGCCUGUAAACAUUUUUAAGUCUGUUGUAAAGUUGGACAUUGUAACAUUUGCUCCUUUUCGUAGACAGCCUCAAGUGGCCAUUUGAGGAACUGCAGUUUUUUUUUGUUUGUUUUUUCGCCCUGGACGUUGCUAGUGGGGAAAAAUACAGAAACAUUCUCAACUUAUCCUUUAAUUCCCUAAAAGGUGUGCUAGAAGGUUUUCUUUUUACCUUAUUUAGGAUGUCAUGUUACUGGAGCAGCACAUGUAUCAAACCUUAGCUGUGCUCUUUUCAUGAAAGCACUUUACUGUUUUUUUUUUUUAAAUCUAUUUAAAGUUUUAAUGUUGAAGGUUUAGUUUGAUUAAAAGUAGGUGUGUUUUUGAA